AUUCCCUUUCCCGGGCCCGUUUCUCCUCCCCCCCCAGCCGCCUCCGUCGCCAUCGGGGAGGGAAGGGGGGGCGGCGUGUGAGUGUGGUUUCCAUGGAAACGGGGAGCGGGCCUUGGACCGCGGCCCUUUUCUCUCCCUACCUGACCCCCCCCGUCCUUCCUUCGCGGUAAGGUCCCGUCCAGGACAGGAUGGUGACAGCAGGGCCGCUUCUGCUCCGGCCCCGACGGCGAGGGAGGAAGCGAUCGUCGCUUCAGGCUAGCAGGCAGAUUAUUUCACUUUCUGUUCUCAGGAAAGGGUGCUUGGGCUUACCCCCACUACUUCGACCACCGCCACCCUCCUCUUCCUCACACACUCUCUUUCCAUUUCUCCUAUGCUUCCAUCGACGGGGCGGACAGAGGGGGUCGACACCCUUUUCGCUCUGGCCUCUGGAGGCGGAUACGGUGGUCUGCGCGAGUCUCUGCGCAUCUAGGGCGUGCGGUGAUCCUUCGGCAUGGGAAGCCUGAGCUGCACCACCCCGUCUAAAUUCUGGGCUUCAUUUUUUGAGCGAGGAGGGGGAAUUAUUCAGCGGCUACGGACUCCGGGCGCACGUUGCGGGGCAAUCCGCCGAUAGUAGAGACCUGAUAAUGGCAUAUACACUUCUGAAUGGCAGAGACUCAAGCUUGGUUGGUCCCUCCCGUCUGCUUCCUUCCAGGCGUCUUGGGUUGCUGUUUUCCGCCGCCGCCGCCGCCGCCGCCUCCCUCUUUCUUUCCCUUACCCCGCUCCCUCCCUCCAGCAAGAGACAAGGGCGAUGCCCGUGACGGUCCCGAAGGGACGGGCAGCCUAGCUCGUGGCGCGCGGGGGGAAAGGAGAGGAACGCGUCGCGGCUGCGAGCUAAACUCGAAGGAGUAACCAAAUGUUAGACGGUCGUUAAGCAGAGAUGGGCUGCUGAAGGCGGAAAGGAGGCGACCCGUUCUCCCGGAGGUUGAUUUCUCUGAGUCUUGGUAGAGUGUGUGUCCGCAGGAGGGGAAGAGAACAUAAGCUUGUUUUCAGGAAGAGGGGGACAACUUUUGCCCUAUUUGGAAGAGUGGGAAGUAUUGGUUGGCAUCUUUGCAGUGUAACUGGCCAGCCCUUUUGGAAUGGCCUGCCCUUUAAAAUCAGAUGUCUUGGUGGGAGGGUGGCUUGAGAAUGCUUGCAAAGCACAAGAGGUGUCUGUGUUGGUGAGGAGGAUAGAGUUAGGGCUUUGCAUGCUAUCCCAGUUUGCCUUGCCUUGCCUUGUCCAGGUAACACAUGAGCAACACCCCCCCCCCUCCAAUUUGUUGUAACCAUGGCUCUGCCUCCAGGUUGGCCCCACAAAUGGCAGCCCCUGGAGCUAGUCGUUGUGCGUGUUUACUGUCCUGUAGUUCUCAGCCUGCCAAGAAAAUCGGAGCCUGGCAGUGGCAGCAGGAAAGAGUGAAGGGAUGGGACGUUUUUUGAAGCUGAAAUGGGGAUGAAGGGCGAUUUGCGGGGUGGGGGUGGGAAGAUGUGCUGCAGGCAUCGCGUCAUCAGCUGGACAAUGUGUGUGCGCUUGGGGUCUGGAGGAGGCUUUUCCCAGGCUUGGUAGCUUGUCUUCGUGUUUUUUAGAAAUGUGAUGUUAAUCUGCAGCUGCGACGGUGAGGCUUCCCUUGCCAGGCUGCAGUGAGCAAGCGAGUGAUGGUUCUCUCUGUGCCAUUGCACAGUGUGAGUAAGAGAGAGGCUUUACCUGGGGAGAUGGUUGCAAAGUUUGCAAGUGCCUGGCUUCGGUGGAGAUGCAUUAUUGUCUUUGCAUGCUUAGGAGUGCAUUGUCCUGGCCGUGCACGCUUAAGAAAAGGGAAUGUGUAGGUGUGCAGGCAAAGAUUGCUUUCACAGUCAUUCUGUAUACAUACUCACAAGCAGAGUGUGAGGGAGUGGAGCUGGUUUUAAAUGGGGAGAAAGAGGCAUUCUGUACACUCUCAGAAAUGUUGUGUGCUUAAUUGCAGGUUGCCAGUGCUGAGUCCUUGCUUCACUUAAGUUCUCAACGUCCAGAUUUCCAGGUCGUUAAAAGGUGCAGCAUAAGUAAAUAGGGUAACUUUAUCUUUUCUAUAUUGCCAAAGUUUUGGCAACUUUUCCUACGUGAUGGUUGCUGUUUUUCAUGGGGUGGGGGCUGGAAAGUAUAUUUAAAAAGAAAAAUGUCAUAUAUGGAAUUCAAUUCAGGAGCAUACUUGUUUAUGUACCAAGUGUCCGUCAAAGGCUAACUUAAAGAGAUUGCAGGUUGGGAAUAAACUUCUUUCUUCAUCUGGAGUGCUGACCUGAAAACACAAGAGCUAUAAGAAAUGUUGUUAAUCCGUCUGGCCUUUAACUGUUGACGGAGCUCAUUUCCUUUUGGCCUUUGUCUCUGCAAGCACCAGCAGAGAUGUCAAUUUUGACUUUUUGUGGUAGCCACUGAAGCUCUCAAAGCUGUACAAGCCGUUGGCUUUACAGUAUACAUAUGUAUGUUGUAAAUUUUGCCCUGAUUCUUAGUAAAUACCGUAUGUUCCAACAACAUCUAAAGCUUUAUUCAGACAUUGGUCUUUCCUCUGUGGCAGAGGUGGGAAGCUUGUGGCCCACCAGAACAUACUGGACUACAACUCCCAUCAUCCCUGACCAUUGCCCAUGCUGGCUGGGGGUGAUGGGAGCUAGAGUUCAGCAACAUCUGGAGGGCCAUAGGUUCUCCUGUUUCUGCUCUGUAGUCUUUUGGGAUGGAGGAGGAAUUCAAUCAGUCAGAUUUUUUUUGUGUGUUUUUUGUGUUUGUUUUUUUGCAAUGUAUUGACCCAGUUCAACAGUCCUAAACUUGUCUGUGGAUUGGAACACAAGUCCUCAUUAGAGAAUGCAUUUAACUGGAUUUUGCAAUGAAGUUUUAGUGCGCAAAAAGAGCACAGACAAAUGUUGUUGAUUGUUAAAGCACAUGUAAAAUGUAUCUUUUGUGGUAAAUACUGUUCUGUUGUGAACAAAGUGCCCUUAGGAAAACCGCUGUGUUUGCUUUCCCACCCAUCCUGGAUCAUAAUAUUGACCUAACUUACAGGAUUGUUGUAUGAGUUAUUGAAAUAAUGUAUCUUAAGUGCUUUGAGCCUCUUAAAGCACAAACCUGAAUUAUUAUUAGUAUUCCUAUCCUGUCCAUUGCUACCUAUUGCAACCUGUGAUUUGAGCUUUCUGGAUCAUUGGGUGUAAAAUUUAAAUGGCCCACUUGGAAGUGAUGGGAAAGACAUAAAAAAGGAGGCUAGAAUAUCUCCCAAGGACAGCAGGAAAGCUGCGUUUUGUUGUCCAAAACCAGAGCGGGUGUUGAUAUCUGUGAAUGGUGUGUUAUGGCUAGAAAAGCUUGUGUUGUCAUUCUUCAGAUAAAAUAGUGUUUGAUCAUUUUGGGUAUGCAUUUGGGGUAUGCAGUAGGAGGAGAAGGAACUAGGGGAACAAUAAGUUUAGCUAUUUGGCUAAAGUAAGACAACACAUGUAUUCAAGGCAACAUGCGGUUUGAAACUUUACUGCUGGAGUUUUUGUGUCCUGCUAUUUCUUUGGGGAUUUUAUUUUGCAGAAAUAAGCCCUCCUUUUACAAAUGCAUAAACUGUAAAACAAUUUCUCUGGACGCUUCUUUUUGUCCGCCUCCUUUAGAUUUUCAUCCUUUUUGAUAUUUUCCCCCCUUCUUUCUUUUCCAUCUGUCCUAGGAGAGAUUUUCAGGGCAUCUUAGGCAAGAACACCCAGUCUUUUGCCUUGUCCCACUUUUGCCCUUUCCUCUCUGCUAGGACUAAGCUAAUCACUUCUAUUCAAGAGACUUCCUUGCUGUUCCAGGCAGUAGCAUUGUAAAGUCCCUUCAUCUGUUUGGUACCCUUCAGAAUAUGUCUGGACCCUUCAGCAGAAAAUUCAGAUCAUGAUAUCAGGAUGAAAUAUAUGUUCUGCAGAAAACAGAUCUGGGCAGGAUCUAUGCAAAGUUAGGGGUAUCAGACAUCAUUUCUACUGAGGACAAAGCAAAAAGCAAUGGGUUUGAAUCCAGACUUUGGAAAUACAUAAAAUUUUCAAGCACCAGCAUUUAUAUAACAUUGGAGUCCUGUGCACCCUAUUUUGUAUAAUUAUGUGCUAGAAUCCAACUUCUGCCAUUUCCCUAGCUUUGUAGUGAACUUCCAUGACAGAUGUAGACUAAAAUUAUUUAAGAAGUUUGGAGAGCAGUUAUGCAAUGGAGUUAACUUCCUGUCUUUCUUGGAUGUCAUCUAAGAGAUCUUGUCUCCUAGGGUAGGAGGUUAUUUAUUGUUACCAUCAAUCAUGUUUGUAUCCUGCUCUUUCUAGGAUGAGUUAUGGGCAAUAUACAUGAGGGUUAUCAUAGUUUAUUCUCACAACAGCCCUGUCAGGUAGCACAGACUGAGGGUGAGUGACUAAGCCAAGGUCCUGCAGUGAGCUUCAUGACUUAACAAGGACUCAGACAAGGGUUUUCCAGGUCCACGUUGACACUUGUACCAACUACAUUUGACUGAGAUUACACUGAGAUUGUAUUAGAUGACCCACUGAGUUCCAUCCAGGGUUGGAAUUCCUUUUCGCGUGUUUAUUUUGAAGACCAAGAAAUGUGCUGCUGUGGCUCAUCUCUUGCACAGGACCAGGGCAUUUUCCCUUGAGGAACUGCUUCUGUUCUGAAAGGGUAUUGCAGUCACCAUCACCCCCAUCCCUCCUGAAAAACACUGAUGGAACCAUAUUGUUGUUGGGAAAUUUUAAAUUCUUUGCUCAGCUGGGUAAGGGAUUGCUAUUUAGAGUGCUGUCUGGAAUGUGGUUGUGUGAGUGCAAUGGAUAGCGCUCAUGACUUCACUGAUGAGGAACGUUGUGGAAAUUGUUUCAUUCGGUUGUGUACUUUCUGAUGUUUUGUUUAUUGUUUAUGGCUACUUUUGCAAAUAUGUAAUAUUUUUCAUGUUGUAAGCUGCCUUGAGUAUGGUUUUAACUAUGGAAAGCCUAGUGGUCCUUAAUUGUAAUGCUGCAGCCUGCAAGAGGCCCCCUGAAAUUGACCAGGUUGAAGAGGACAAAAAUCUAGAGAAGUCCUUUUGUUUGUUUGAGCAAUUCUCCUACCACCUGUUCAGAUGGACGAUCAAGGUGUUCCUCCAGACUAUCUUGAGGAUAGUUUCUCUCGGUUCCAACACACACUCUCUCUUGCAUCUUUCCUGACCAUUAGGAAGGGGUGUGUGAGCACAGUUGCAGACCUCUCCUCCCACCCGUAAGGUUUUGACUAGCUAUUACUCUAUUGCCAUUGCAUGAGAACUUUGGAACAUAAGAAGCUGCCUUAUACAGUAAAAUGAAGCAUGGCAGCCCCCUAUUUAUGCAACUCUAUCCUGAGUAUCGUCGGAUCGUCCACCAUUUUGGUCACAUUCAGGCAAAAUUUAAAAACUCACUAAUCUGUCCUGCGUUUGGGCUGGGCUGGGGACCAAAGGAUGUUGGGUCUAUCUGGUACUGUUUACUGUACUGAUAGGCAGUUGUGUCAUACAGUUCUUUUCAUGUUAUGUUGUUAGUCACCCUGUGCUCCUCUUUGGGAUGAAGGGCAGGUUACAAGAACUAUUGAUGAAUGAGUAGCAGGCCAUAUCCUGACUGGUAGCAGCUCUCCAGGAUUUGGGGCAGGGCUCUUUCCCAGCCCUACUUGAGGAUGCCAGAGAUUGGACCUGGGAGCUUUCACAUACAAAGCACGGUGCUCCUCUGCUGAUCCACAGCCCCUCCCUGACUUGCAGGACUAACCCCUGCAAAAGCAUAAAUGGCAUACACAGUUGUGCUUUGAAUUGAUUCUGUGGGUAAGCUACCAAAAUCCCUUCCAUGCUUCCAGCAUGAACCUCAACAUCCUGGACCAAGUGCAGCACUCCCAAGCGAUGAUCAUUCCGGUAUUAUCGAGUGUGUUACUUCUUGAAUAACUCUGCAAUGAAACAGGAAAACAGCAAGCAUUUCUGCAUGGGUUCCGAAUUGAUCUCUGGCAAUUGGAACAGGCUUCUGAAAAAGGCAGCUGAGGCAGGGGAAUGGAGAGAACAGGAGAAGUUGGAGGCAGCUUUCCCCUUUCUCAUGAGAGCUAUGUUCAAAACUCCAUUGCUAAGGUGUUUACUAAAUUUGGAAGACCCUACAGAUUGCAGCAUCCUCUUCACAGUUAGCCUCAACUGUGCUGAAAGCAGGGCAACUUCCAAGUAAACAUUUGUAGGCUUGAGCUGUUUUCCUGGUGCCUCUGUUUUGUUGUAAUGGUUCACUGUAGAUUGGCAGAGAGAGAGAGCUUUGGGUCCUGCUCAUCUGCCAGGCUACACAAGAUGACAUUGUAGGACCCCAAGAGGUGUACAUGGCUAGCUUCCUGCUGAGGGAGUGGGAUACUGAGGAUUGGGAAAGAAGGUGCUUGCUGCUUCUCAAGGCUCCUGACUCCAUCAGGGUGGCUUCUCAGCGGGCUUGGUCGAGGGCACUUCUGCAAAUUCCUUUGUGGAAUUCUCUCACUUGGCACCUCCCUACGUGCUGCCUGCCCAGAAGGGAACUCCUCGUAGUUCCUUGGGAACUUGCACUUGUACUGCCUAGCUUGGAGUGUGUGUUUCUAUGUAUGUGCGUCCGUCUCUCUCUCUCUCUCUCUCUCUCUCUUCCCCUCUACCCAAUUUUCAAUCCCUGGGUUUUGUUCCUGUGGUUGCGAGGGAUUCCUGCUCUCCCCUUUUCUCUGUUCCCUGGGAAUGGUUCUGUCUGGCUCCCGUCCCACAUCCUCCCUGGGAAUAACAAAAAAAGAAUGCACUCAACAAUGUCCGUUUCUGUUGCUGCAUCCUUCAAGGGGCCUUCGUGCCUCUGCCGUUGACCCCCAUCCUUCCUUGCACUUUCAGCAAACGCACGGCUGCUCGUGCAGCCUUGGCCUCUGCUUUUGGCAUCUUUCAUCUGCGGAGAUCCUGUCCCAUCUGUGCUCUCUGCUUCUCCCCCAGUGCCGCCUCCCAUUUUGUACGGUACUUUGCUUUCUUCUCACCCACAGUACCCCACAAAAUUUGCAUGUUAAGCGCCCCCCCCCCCACAGACAGCCCUGUACCCCAUGAACCAUAACUCCCAGAUUGCCCGCUUUUCAUUUUAAACAAGCUAAGUUUCAAGACUGAGAUACGAGGCAAAAAAGUAAAAGAAAUAAUUAUUCUCAUUUUGUGCGGCAGAGAAGUUAGCUUGCUUUCCUCUUUUUGGUGUUUUAACUCCCAACUUCCCAAAAACAUUUCUUCAGAUGCCCUUGCCUCCAGCCUAACUUUGUGCAUGGCACCACCCCACCUUAGCCCAAGGGUCAGUGUGACUGCCCCCCCCCUGCUCUUUAUUUGUCUGAACUGCCCCUUUGAAGCUGAAAACAGCAACUGUCCAAUCUGGCCCUAAUGCUUUGUGUUUUCGUUGUUGUUUUUUCAAUAGGCAGAGCCUGUGACAGGAUUGAGACUGGCUGGCAGUGAGCGGCUGUCAUGAUCUCUGCAGCGCCUCUCUACAGCGGAGUGCACAACUGGACUGGCGCUGAGCGGAUUCGCAUGUGUGGCCUCAGCGAAGAGAGGAGAGCCCCACUUUCUGAUGAAGAAUCCAACACCAGCAACUCCCAGCAUCUGGGCUCCUCUGACUUCUGCACUGGCAGCAGCUUUUCCAAGGUGGAGCUCACGGCAGUCUCGAGUAGUGGCGGCAGUGCCCAAGGGUUUGAGGCAGAGGCCAUCGUGGAGGAGGAACUUGGACCUACGCUUAAGGAGCAGCCCUGCGAGCCAGACUGUGCUGAGAAGGCCUUGAAGGGUGGAGAUGCCGACCCAGGCAAAGUUAGCGAGGGCGGACUCACAAGGCCAGAGAGCAGUGGCAGCCCGGACUGUGCACGGCCAUGUGCUAAGGAGGGGGCAGAGGUCUCCCCUGCUUGCCCAAAGGCUCUGGAGAGCGAGCAUCCAGGGAAGGAGAAGAGUACCCCAGCUGCUGGCACAACCCUGACAGCUGCUGCCGCCACGGCUGCUGCCGCCACGGCAACCAACAGCUGCAGCACUUUGACCUCUCCCCCAGCCACCUUCACCUUGAAAAGCGUCUGUUUCUCCACUUCUCAGGCCCCUGCUAUGCAAAAAAUGGCCCUCUCCUUCCCACCCGGAGCAGUCCUCGCUCCCAGCCAGCCCCUGGUUUACCUCCCACCUCUUCCGAGCCCGCUUGGGGUCCCGUCUGCCCUUGCCCUGCCUGUCAUACCCUCCUUCCCACAAGACCCCUGCCUGCCUAGUCUUCUCGCCCCCUCUGAGCUGCGCUCUUACCCGUAUGCCUUCUCCGUGGCCAGGCCUUUGGCCGCAGAUCCCAAAGUGGCGCCUGUGGAGACAAGCCAGCUGAACUGCCCUGCCCUGUCAGGGGAGAGCAGCACCCCUGCCGUCACUGGACCCUCCUCUGCGGUCGAUGGCUCGGACCUCUCGCCUUGCACACCUGCCUCGGCAGCGGCAGGUGCCAGCACUGUCCCUCUGUCAGUCAGCACCAGCAUGCUUGCCAGGGCCCCGGCAGUCCCGGAACAGCUUCCCUCGGGCGUCCUGGCCUCCAUCUCCCCGCUGAAAUCCCCCCCACAGCUGGAGCGUGAGAUGGUCUCCCCAGAAUGCAGCGAGAUGCCCCUCGACCUUUCCGCCAAGUCAAACCGCCAGAAGCUGCCUCCUCCGAGCCAGCGCAAGACACCCCCGAUGCCUGUGUUGACCCCGGUGCACACCAGCGGCAAAGCACUGCUCACCACGGUCUUCUCCAAGCCUCCACGGGUGGCUCAGGCCAUUGGCGGCCCGGGCACUGCUUCGCCCUUUGUCAUCUUCCCAGAGUUCCUCCGCAAUGGGGAGCAGGGUUCCUGGAUGAAGAACUCGACCGCCCUCAUCAGCACCAUCCCAGGCACCUACGUUGGGGUGGCCAACCCAGUCCCAGCUUCCGUGCUGCUGGGCAAGGAUUCUGGCACCGGCCUUGGCAGGGAUUCUCGCCAUCUCGCCAAGCAGGAGCUCAUUUCCAUUGUUGACCAGGGAGAGCCUCGUAGUGGCGGGCUGCCUCCCGGGAAGAAGAGUGGUGGAAAGGGGCCACCCGACCCCGCAAGGCAGCUCCUUCGUGGCCGGGGUGUCCCAGGGGCCCAGUUGCACCCCUCAAAGGAGCUGGCCAUUUGGAGCCCCAGCCAGGGAAGCGUUUACCCUCGGUGCUCAGUCAACGGGAAGCCUGCCAGCCCCCAGCUGCUGCCUGUGGGGUGGUCGCCUUAUCAUCAGGGCCCUCUGCUUUCCAUCGGCAUCUCGGCAGCUGGGCAGCAGUUCCCGAAUCAAGUUGCCCCCUGCAAGCCAGCUGGUGCAGGCGAGCUGGCCACAUUCCCUGGUGUGCAGCCGCCGAUAGAGUCCUCCGCAGUGGUCCAGAAGGCCCCCGAAGCUCCCUCUCAGGGCAACGGUUGUAAGGCAGCCUUGCCGAACACAGCCAGCCCUUUGUGCAUCUCACCAGCUCUUCAGACCAGCCUCCCAGAUGCAAGGGGCUCCGAGGGUCUCAUCCCAAAAUAUGACUCUGACAGACUAGAGGGUGACUCGGCAGCAGAGGCCACCGCACAGCCCAAACCUCCCCCGGAGGGUUGUAGCCGCAAGCGCCCCAGGGAUGCCAAGCCUAAAAACCAGGUCUUGACUGCCUACCUAUCUCACAGCCUUUCCUUAGCUAGCCAGCCAAGCGUGCGGACGACCUCUGAGACGCCUCUCCCAGGGAGCAAGCGCAAGGACCGGAAGUGCAGCAACGCAUCUCGGGAUCCGGCGGUGGCAGAAGACCCUUUCCACACUGUGCACCAGGUUGAUCUCAGCCGCGUGAAGAAGGAACGGGUGGAGCCCGAGGUGCUGAUCACCUCCACCACUUGUCUGCAUGCUGGGGCUGCCUCAAGAAGCCCCCCGAAAGCCAAGAUCAAGGGGGUGGCCCACAUCAAAGUGGAGGAGGGUUUCCCCUGCAAGUCCAAGCGGCAGCAUGAUGGGCCAGACCGCCUGUCCCACAAGAAGCAGAAGUGCAGGAGCAGUGAGGAAUCUCAGCCCCCCUGCAAAUCGGACAGCCAGAACCUGCACAACCGCAAGUGGCGGAAGUAUCACAGCUCCCAUGAGGUCAUCAAGCAGGAGAGCCGGUCAGGCUCCACGAAGGAGCAUGGCAGCCCCCGUGCCAAGCACAAACGCCGGAAGGCAUCUCCAGGGCAUCAUGGGCACAGCUGCGAAGAAGCUUUUGUUGAGAAGAAAUCAAAGAACAGUUUCCGGGACUUCAUUCCUGUGGUGCUGAGCAGCCGGACACGCAGCCAGUCAGGAAGCAUGGGAGUCUCUUCUGUUAACAUGUUGGAGGAGUGUGGCCAGGAGAUUCUACCGCCGGUGGAAGAGGAAGAAGAGAAUGUCGAGGGAGAGGAUGAGCUUGCCCUGAGGCAUCGCAGGCUGAGAAAAUCCCACCGCCUCUCCCCCCACUCCGGCUGCAAAGACAGAGAGCUGUUGCAGUCAGAGAAGAGCAGUUUCCACUCGCGCAAGAGUCAGGGGAAGCCAUGGCAAGUAGAUGCCACUCAGCAGCUGUGGAGCCACAAGGAGGCAGAGGAGGAAAGUGGCCACAUCAAGAGGAAGAAAAGGAGGAGGCAGAAAAGCUGGAAGUACCAGACUGGAGAGUACUUGAUAGAGCGGGAGAAAGAGGAGCACACGAGCUGUUGCCACAAGCGGCGGAAAAUGAAAGCAGACUUCAGGUAUCGAAAGCACAAGGAUGCUGUGCCAAGCAAAGGCUCGGACCUGUGCUUGAGGAGCAGGCUUUCUCCAACCCUCCAAGGACGCCUGGACUUCCACAAUGGAUUCCUCUUGGAUCACCCCGAUUCGGCUCCCAUCCAGGAUGUGCUAGAUAAACCUUCCGGGAAACGCAAAUGCAAAACCAAACACCUCUCAGGCAUCUGUGAAGAGGGGAAGGCCAAGGCACGCCUGAGCCAGUCCAAGACACGCUCUCCAAAGAAAGCUCGGGAACCCUGCUUGUUGAGCAAGUCCCGGCAGCACAAAUCAGAAAGAGCUCCCGAGCCCCCCGCAGCCCCACCGGUGCCCCCUGAAGCUCGCCGACUGAUAGUGAACAAGAAUGCCGGGGAGACACUGCUUCAGAGAGCAGCCCGGCUUGGCUACAAGGAUGUGGUGAUGUACUGCCUGCAGAAGGAAAACAACGACAUCAACCACAGGGACAACGCAGGCUACACAGCCCUGCAUGAGGCCUGCGCUCGCGGCUGGGUCGACAUCUUGCAACUCUUGCUGGAGCAUGGUGCAAACGUGAACUGCAGUGCGCAGGAUGGCACCAGACCUGUCCAUGACGCUGCAGCAAAUGACAACUUGGAGAUCAUGUGGCUCCUGCUGUCUUACGGUGCUGACCCAACCCUGGCUACGUAUUCAGGGCAGACUGCCCUGAAGCUGGCCAGCAGCGAAAACAUGAAAAACUUCCUUAAUGAUUACCUCUUGGAUCUGCAGGGUCGAGCUGAAGGGGACCCCCAUACAGCCUGGGAUUUUUACAGCAGCUCUAUACUAGAGGGGAAAGAUAAAAUCAGCUGUGACCUUCUGCUCAACCCUCCCUGGAGCUCUGAUCAGGAGGAAGAUGAGCAGGACUCGGACCACCUCAUGUUUGAGUUCUCCGACACGCCACUGCUCCCCUGCUACAACCUGGAAGUGUCUGUCUCCCGGGGGCCCUGCAACUGGUUCCUCUUCUCGGACGUGCUGAAGCGGCUGAAGCUCUCAUCCCGCAUCUUCCAGGCCCGCUUCCCACACUUCGAGGUGACCACCCUGCCCAAGGUGGAGUUCCAGCGCCAGGUGUCGUUGAGCCAGGUGCUGGCCCCAGAAGAAAUCCAGGAGCACAUGGCGCCCCCCUUGGCUCCGGGCGCUGCAGAGACGGUGGAGCUUGUGCGCCACGAGCCGGAGCUGGCUCGGCUGCUGGGCUCGGAGGUGAUGUUGGAGGCCUGGAGCAGCUGACGGGGGGGGCUGGGCAUUCCCCUCUGUCAGCGUCGGACUGCACUGCGAGGCAAUAAUCUGGACCAAGGAGAGAAGGUGGCCUUCUCGCGGGCAGGGCUUCUGUCUGCCUGGUCCUCCCUGACGAACUGCAACGGGUGCUCACCGCCUGCCCUCCUACCUUCCCGCCAACCCUGGGGGUAGGAAGCUGCCGUCCCCUGUGUCCUGGACUCUGCACUCGUUUACCUGCUGCAGGGCCUUGGUGGUUUGGAAGCCUCUCCAUGGAACUGCAUCUCUUUCCCCACCCCCAAGCUCUUCCAGAGUAUUUAUUUAAAUUAGUAUUUAAUUUGUGGUGUUCUUUUUCUUUUUCUUUUUUGUUAUUGCUAAGUCUGUAUCACUGUGAUUCGGGGUGUGUGUGUGGAGAGACAGGGGACGACUUCCUGCAGCCACCAUCGCCUCUGGGAUUCCCCUGAAUGACUAAACUGGGGCUUCCUUUCUCCUGUCCUCCAUGAAAUAGCAAGAAGGAGGCUAUCAAUUCUUCUCUCCCCUCUGUUUUAGAAACACCCAGCUUCUGUUGGGUGCGUAGGAGCCAACCUUCAGCUUCCACAAUGAAAUAUUUGAGGGGCCGCGGGCCCCCAAAGUUGAGGAGUAUAACCAUUCAAAUGGGGUUCGGUCAUCACGUCUUGUGAUCAGCUAAACAGGGCAACACCUGCCCCCCCCCAGUACUUUAUUUGAAUUGGCACCCCUGGUUGGGUGCAUUUCCUUCCCUGCCCUUUUUUUAUCAUAUUAAUUUGUUUCUGCUGUCCAGACAGCCACUUUUCAAAACAGAAUUAUUAUACAGCCAAAGGCACCUGGUGGUCUCAGCUAUUUUAUUUGUCCCCCACUCCCUCUUUAUAAUUUCAUCCUUGCUCAAUCAGUUUGGCUGGCAAGGUAGCACAGUCUUCAACAGGGUGGGGGCAGCAGAGAGAGAAGAUCAUUUGGAGGGUAAGGGGGGGCAGGGUGUGUGUGUGUGCGGUACAGUUUUAUUGUACAGGUGCUAACAAGGACUGGACAAUCUUUUAUUAUUUUGGCUCUUCCCCUGCUCUGGGGAGGUUGUUUUGGGUGGUGACAUUUUUGUUCUUUUGUGUUGUGUUUUUCCCUUCCCACUUGGGGAGCUGCAUUUCCUUGCACAGCCCCAAAAUCAGUUUUCCAAGCAGGCUGCCUCUUCUGGCCCCCUUCCUUGGAAAAAGCAAACAGCGUUCCCUUCUCUCCGCCCCCCACCUCUCUCUUCCACCAAGGCUUUGGGCCUUUGGGGCGUGUGCUGCAGCUGCUGCUUUUUUCUUCUUCUGAUUUGUUUUAAGCAACGCUUUGGUGUCAAAAACACUUAUGUACAGAAAAACCUGCAUCAGGGC